CCCCCACCCGCCGGUUGCCAUGAGGAGGGAAGAUGGCGGCGGAUGUGUGAAGCAACGUGUGUGUGAGGCUGAGGGUUUAAGCGGCGCCGUCAGAGCGGGCAAGGGGAAUCAAGAGGCCUUGGGCCGGCCAGCACAGGGAGCCAGCCAUGCAGCACGACGAUGUGCUUUGGGAUGUCAUAGGAAACAGACAGUUUUGUUCCUACAAGGUGAAAACUAAAACGCAGAACUUCUGUCGCAACGAGUACAAUAUUACAGGCCUAUGUAACCGGUCCUCCUGUCCUCUGGCCAACAGUCAAUAUGCAACCGUCAAAGAGGAGAAAGGUCAGUGUUUCCUGUACAUGAAGACAAUCGAACGAGCUGCAUUUCCAUCUCGUAUGUGGGAGAGGGUAAAGUUAAGUAAGAAUUAUGAGAAAGCUCUGGAACAGAUUGAUGAGCAUCUCAUCUACUGGCCCCGGUUCAUCAGACACAAGUGCAAGCAGCGUUUCACAAAGAUCACACAGUACCUGAUCCGCAUCCGCAAGCUCACACUGAAGAGACAGAGGAAGCUGGUACCUUUAAGCAAGAAGGUUGAACGGAGAGAAAGCCGGAGAGAGGAAAAGGCUCUGAUCGCGGCUCAGCUGGACAACGCCAUUGAGAAGGAACUGCUGGAGCGACUCAAGCAAGGGACGUAUGAAGAUAUCUACAACUUCCCCAUUCAUGCUUUCGACAAAGCACUGGAGCAGCAGGAUGAAGAGAGCGAGACGGAUUCCUCAGAAGAGGAGGAUGAGCAGGAUGUUGGCCAAGUGGAAUAUGUGGAGGGUGACGAAAUAGAUGAAAGUGACCUGAGUGACUUUGAGGCAAUGGAAAAACUGGAGGGGGAUAGUGAGGAGGAACAAGAGCAAUCCAGCAAUGCUGAGGAGCUGGAGCAAGAAACCUCCACAUCUAAGGGCAAAACACCAGUGAAGGGCCUGGCCCGGAAGAAGCGACCGUUUGUGGAAAUUGAAUAUGAACAGGAGACAGAGCCAGCAGUCAAAGCGAGCAGCACGUGACAGCUUUGAUUAAAGUGUUUGCUUAUACUGAAGGUGAGGAGUGGAUGCUAACUCCAUUGUAAAGACCUUGUAGAGGAGAGCAGCUUUCACAGUGGGCAAAGCAUUGUGUUGCAGCUGCCAGGUAUCAUGGCCUUGACUGAGGAAAGCUAGAAUCAUGUUGAGUAUUAUUACAUAUAAAUUGUGAGUUUACGUUUCCCCUGUUUAUCUUAAUUAGUGCCAUUUUAUAAAACUAUGAAUAAAGGAUGUGACUGAACUGUG